CAGCACUCUGCCCCGGUGACGUCACACAGGUGUGAUGCGCUCACCUGUAGCCAAUGGGAGGAGCGAAUACCUUCACGACUUCGCUUACCUGGCCAAACUUUUUAUUCAUUAUUUUGCCUCUUUUUUUUCUCUCUCUCCGCAACAAACCACCGAAGACAAAACCGAUCAGACACGCACACACACGGGAGGGGUUUCUCUUUUCUUUGCUUCUUGUUGUUGUUCGAAGUAAUUUGUAUCUCACCAAAGUAGCAUUUGUCUUUCAAGAAAAUAAAAUAAAAAGGUCAACAAACUCCCAACUAAAAUCUGCAACCCCCCCCCCCCGCCGCCGCCGCCGCCGCCGCCGCCGCCGCCGCCAAAGGGUGGGAAAGGAAGUUACUGGCCGGCCCGAAAGACUUACCUGGUGCAAGAAAGGACACACCUGUGUGGGGAGGGACCCAGAGAGACACACACACACAGCAGCACACACACACACAGUGGGGGGGUUGACUACACCCCAGGUGUAACUCGCCGAGUGGCGGCGGCUGGUUUUACCCUCCAGACGGGAAAGUCUAGUUUUACAGCGGUGGUGUGCAGCUUCGCAAAAUGGCACAACCGGACUCGGACAAUAAGCGCGGGGUGGUGGUGCGACAUGGCGGAGGCGGCGGUGGUGGAGGUGACGCGGCGGCGUGUACGCGACGCGCCUACACGAGUGAGGACGAGGCCUGGAAGAGCUACCUGGAGAACCCCCUGACGGCUGCCACCAAAGCCAUGAUGAGCAUCAAUGGGGACGAAGACAGCGUGGCCGCCCUUGGCCUGCUCUAUGACUACUACAAGGUGCCGCGAGAUAAACGUCUGCUACCAGGAAAGGGCUCUGAGAACGGAGACUUGGAGCCCAAACGACUUCUGACCGCAAUGGGCACGAGCGACACGGGGGAGUUGCACCGUCUGGUGGGCGCCGGCAUAUCUGGGUCACAGGGCAUGGGGGCCCAGCCGCCGGGCAUCAAGACGGAAAAGGCCAUCUCCUACAACGUGACGGUGGCACAGCCCUCCGUGCAGUUCUACGAGCGUGAGGAGCAGCGGCCCGCCGUUCUCUACGAGCGCACGCACAUGACGUUCGACAUCGACCACGGGGCCGGCGCCGUAGGGCCCGGGCCGGCGCCACCGCAGGUCACGCAGGCCCAGCCGGGCGUGGGGCAUUACCUGAAGGAGAACGAUGACCGGCGCUCACCUGACAACGGGUCCCUCGACCAGGGCCCCGUCCUCCAGGAGGCGUACCACUUCAGCGAGCUGACCAAGUUCCGCGCUCAGCCAACAGACACGUCCGACUACGAGACAGCGUCUGGGGAGUAUUUCGAGUACACCCUGGAGGCGUCCAAGUCCCUUCGGCAGCGCCCGGGCGAGGGCCCGCUCACCUACCUCAACAAGGGCCAGUUCUACGCUAUUUCCCUACGCGAGCUGGGAGCCAACAAGUGCCUCCGUCACCCCAUGAGCAAAGUCCGGAGCGUGAUCAUGGUGGUGUUCGGGGAAGACAAAAGCCGCGAGGAGCAGCUCAAAUACUGGAAGUACUGGCACUCACGGCAGCACACGGCCAAGCAGAGAGUCAUCGACAUCGCCAGCAUCGGGACUCAAGCUGACUACAAAGAGAGCUUCAACACCAUCAGCAACAUCGAGGAGAUUGCAUACAAUGCCAUCUCCUUCACCUGGGACGUGAACGAGGAGGCCAAGAUCUUCGUGGCGGUCAACUGUCUGAGCACGGACUUCUCGUCGCAAAAGGGCGUCAAGGGCCUGCCGCUGAGCCUGCAGAUCGACACCUACAGCUACAGCAAUCGCAGCAACAAGCCCAUCCACCGCGCCUCGUGCCAGAUCAAGGUCUUCUGCGACAAGGGUGCGGAGCGCAAGAUCCGCGAUGAGGAGCGCAAGCAGAUGCGCAAGAAAGCCAAGGGACAGGCUGCCGUGUCACUGUGCAACGCUUCGGGUGACAUGAAGUCCUCGGUGGUGGCGGCCGUCAAGAGGAGCGACCUCACCCUCUUCAAGGCGCUGGCCGACCUAAGCUCACAGCCCGUGCUCUUCAUCCCCGACAUCCACUUCACCAACCUGCAGCGCUCCGCACAGGGGUUUUCGAGCACUCCCGAAGAUGUGGAGAGGGACGGCGUGAUGCUCAAGCGCCCUCCGCAUUUUUUCAACGAGGAGUUUGCGUCGCCCGCGAAGCAGCUGAAGGAGGAGCCUCUGAAGAAAGGUGGGAGCUCCCAUCACCAUGGCGACCGAUUUAACGCCCCGAGACUCAUGUUGCUCUACGUGAGGCGGCCGUCGGACGAGGUGUUUGACGCCCUCAUGCUGAAGACUCCCAACCUGGCGGGGCUCAAGGAAGCCAUCUCAGAAAAGUACGGGGUGUCCUUAGAAAGCAUCAGAAAGAUUUACAAGAAAUGCAAAAAAGGAAUGCUCGUCUACAUGGACGACAACAUAAUCGAGCACUACUCGAACGAGGACACCUUCCUGCUGGAGAUGGACGAGUUGGACGGAGGCAUCAAGGUGACCCUCACCGACAUAUAGGGGCGAGCGGCAUCGCGCGACACGGCCACUCCCCCCCCCACCCCCCGCUCGUCCACAGCCCAGAAGCUCAUCGACAACCACAACGGCACGGCGACACCCGUCGCUCUCCGCCACGCCCUGCACCACCGGCACGCUUCACCAGGGCUGGCCAACGGCUGCCGUCCGGGAGGUCGUGAGUUAAAAUCCCGGUCGGGUUCAACUCGUUUUCAUCAUCGUCGUCAUCAUCGUCAUUAUGAUCGCCAUCACGGUCUCCUCUCGAGGGCUGGUAAAGUGAGCCAAGUGCUGCUUUGUAGGGGACUGGAUCGCGGUCGUAACGCGGAGAGAAUCGCCCACGCGAGUGGCGCGUCGAUUCGUCGCCAACGUCCACGAUCGUGUAUUUGAAGCCGUACUCAAAUCCGUGUUGCGUUGAUUUGAUGAAAAGCUUGGGGAAGAAGCCAAGUGAGCGGUGGGCACUAGGAGAAAAGUUAAAUCCAGCGGAGUGGAACAACGCUGCAAAUUCCAAAUCUCAGUACAAUUAAACCUGCCGGGCAGUUGAACGAACGCGCACAGCACGAUUAGAAAAUCUGAUAUCGUCUAAUUUCUAAAACGUUUCUACCGAUGCCAUUCUGUGGAAUAGAAUUUAAUCGAUGCGGGAGAGAUGACAAAUCGAGCACAGACAUCGUUGCAUUCCAUGUAAACAAGAGGUGUCGUUGCUUUUAAGCGGGGUUCCUGUUUAGGUUUGGAACGUUGCGUAGAAAUCCCGAGGCUCGUUUCACAAUCACCACGAGCUGGGUGUUCCCGCAGCUUUGCUCGGUGUCUCUCAUGGUCAGUGUUGCAUUCGUGGUGCUUUUUGGCCGUUUUCAAUUAUCCGCUGGCGUCCCCUCCACCGCGGGGGAGUGUGCAGCCUGUCUAGGGAGUGCUCAUUUUACCGACCUCGGAGAGAUGACGAUGACGACAGUGAUGAUGAUGAUUAGGCACGUAUCGAUGUGUCGAUUCUCCAAUUUAAUUAGAUUCUCAUGCUUACGAAUUCAGGCCUUUUGAAUCGAUCGAGCACGUGAGAAUCGGUUAUCUAAGAUUUAUACAAAUUAUAUGCAAAUGCGGUGCUAAUGUUACAUUUUAGUCUCGUGGAGUGAGAACAAAUCUGUACAAAAACCGGACCUAACGCGUGAGAAAACAAUACAAACGAGAGACGGUUAAUUGAGAUGGAAAAAUUGUCUGCUCUUGACUCGAAUAGCGAUGCCCAAAACAUGACAAUUCAUCGGAUCGCUGGAGCGGGUGAAUUGUUGUUAUACGCUUCGUUGCGACGGUGGCGAUUGUGACGCUGAUGACGGUGGAUGGUGUCCUAAAGCCUGGGUUUUUGGGCGAUCGUUUUUAUUGCUGUUACACGCCGCAUAUUCUCUGUGCCAUUUGAAACACUCACCUUGCCGCCAAUUAAACCCGGGAUCGUUUUAAAGCGGCGAAAACACAACAUACAUACACGCACGCACGCUACGUAGCGACCGUGGAUCAUUAACAAGGACAAACGCGCACACACAGACAACAGAGACAAUCACAGAGGAGACGGAUUGGUGACUAAGUUGCGGCUGGGUCAGCUGUUACUGUGAUGUUUUUAUUUCUUCCUUUUCGGAGCAGGAGCCACAGAAGGGGGGGUAUGGUCCAACUUUUAAGAGUCUUCUACUGCCUAAACCAUCCCUCACUCUCAUUUACUUUCACUCGAUCACUCGCUCGCUCACCCACCCACCCACCAAAUGACUUGCUCGCUCACCCACCCAACUCUCGCACUAAAUCACCCACCCACUCACGAACUCGGUCGCUCAAAUGCGUGGCUUGAGCCCGCACCGGGAGUAGAGGGUAGUACAGCAAGUAGGUUGGAUAACAAGGCGUACAGUGAUUUGCACCAGACAUUCAAUUUUUUCCGCUACUGGAAUGCAAGCAAACAAGUCAAUACACAUUUGAUAAGCAACCAAACUGUUUUAAGUCCUUUUAAAAGUGACAACCACAACAUGGUUCAGUGUCUACACAGGCUGGCUGGUCAGUAAUGUUUACCCGGAGUCACAAGGCGGUUUUUUUUCUGCAGCCCCCAUUCCCGCAUGCCAAACACGAAUGGAAUUGGUCGAACAUCGAUAAACCACCACAUAUACGGUCCAAUAUUUGCACAGAUUGAUUUCAAAGAGGCGUCUGCUGUGCUGCCAUCUCCUGGCCACUUCGCAGGUGUGGUAGUUUCACAAACCCUUGCACGGGAUUGCCGGCCUAAUUUAAUUGAAAGCCGGAUCUUAGGCGCCACCCUUUAAGCCCCUUUUCUCAUGCUUAAAUCCAGCACCAUGAACCCCACAUGCAUCGUUCAGGUUCAAUCCAUCUCUCAUCAUCCCCUCUGUGGUUCCUCUUAAGCGUAAUGCCGAUAGCUUGCUCGUUAUAAUGACAGACUUUAAGGUAGUACUUGUUUUGUAAAUUCUAUUAGGGUGUUUGGAAAAUAAGCCAUUUUCUAACAAUCUUUGUAAAUAAUGUGCAAUAUAUCAUAUUAAAAAAAGUAUAGAUCGUUUUAUUUUUCAUAAGUAGGGGUGACUUGGGAAACUUAUUUUUUAUUUUAUUUUUCGUUCUGGUUUAUUGUUGAGGAAGAUGGAAACCAAACACUUCCAGGAUUGAAUAACAAUGCUGUAAUAAUCCAAAUAACAUGAAAUGAAAUACUCUGUACUUAAACAACCCGGUUUAUACAUGUCUGUACAUGCAAUUUGUUAAAUGUUUACAUUAUGCUGUAUUCAGGUUUCUGUGGGAAUGUGUCUGACUUGGUUCUGCCAUUCCAAACUGUUACUCAUGAUUGAUUUGUGGGUCGGGCCCACAUAAUGAUCUGGGCCAAAUUUGUGUUGUGAAGGCCCUUCACCACCUGACAACAGCCAAACAAUUUAAAUUGUCCCGUGUACAAGUGUUUAACCUGCCGGUUGCACUUGAUUCAGCUCGCUCGGCGGUGAAUUGAGUAAUAAUUCUUGCAACCAAAUGUAGCAAUCGUAUAUCUUGGGGACAAAAUUCAAUGUCGAAUCUUAAUAUUGGCUGUGAAAACCUGCAUGUUAAGGGAACAGACGCUUGAGAGAGAGAAGACAUUUUUAUUUGUUUUUCCCCUUCACAUUUACAAAGUUUUUUUCAGUUUCAGUUUAUUUAUUUUGGUAUGGCCCUGUGAGCCAUUCGGCUGUUGAAUCGGGUGCAACCACAACAAACAGAUAAAAACAAAAACACGCCUGAAGAGAAGUACAUAACCGAUGGCGCAUCGGUCAGUUUGGCAUACAGGAUAAUGUCGGCCAAUUGUGCAUAUCUCGCUCAUUCAAAUGACUGUCCAAUUAAAAUAAUUCAUUAGAAUUUUCUUUCUCUGCUUCUUUAGUUGAGAUCAAAGUGGCCCCCGAUGUGUGUGUGUGGGGGGGGGGGGGGGGGGGGGUGCAGUCCAGGCAGCCCGUGUGACGUGUCAGGCAGCCCGUGUGACGUGUCAGGCAACCCAUGUGAUGUUUCAGGCAGCCCGUGUGAGGUGUCAGGCAGCCCGUGUGACGUGUCAGGCAACCCGUGUGAGGUGUCAGGCAGCCCGUGUGACGUGUCAGGCAACCCAUGUGAUGUGUCAGGCAACCCAUGUGACGUGUCAGGCAACCCAUGUGACGUGUCAGGCAACCCCUGUGAUGUUUCAGGCAGCCUGUGUGACGUGUCAGGCAACCCAUGUGAUGUGUCGGGCAACCCAUGUGAUGUGUCAGACAACCUCUGUGAUGUUUCAGGCAACCCCCUGUGACGUGUCAGGCAGCCCAAGCUGUUACGACAUGCAGCGAGACAGAGCAAUUGGCGGCUCGGGCAUCAUGAUGGGCCACAACUCUGCAUAGUGGCUCUCGAUUGGCUGCCUACCACUUUGUGAAACAAUUGCCUGGGUUGCUGUACUUGCCGUAGCGUCUCAUUUGAAAAGGCCACGCUCACCGAGGAUAAUUCCGGCCAUGGCUGUUGCCUGAACACUGAGGCCGAAUUGCAGCAUGCUGAACACUCAUCACAGGGCACACACACACACACAAAGCACCGCGGCAUUCCCCUGUACGCUCUUGCCCCCUUGCAUGUAUUUGGGUCAGCGCGACCUUGGCAAAGCCAUCGUGAAUCAUGGCCAAGGUCAUGCAGAUUCUUUGGGGUUCAAGGUCAGGUCAGACAUGGGCUUCAAUUAUUUUUUUGUGGUGGUGGUGGUGGUGGGUUAAACCACACUAUAAAAGUUAUUAAGGGGGGGGGGGGCGGGUGGUAAAUGGGGCUUUACUGGGCUUUAUAGCUAGCUUUGGGGAUGGUUUUAAUUUUAUAAAUAAAGCAUUACAAAAUAAAGUAUAUAAAAGUGUACAACAAAAAAAAUCCACGUUCAUUUGCCAGGUGCAUUGGCUUUUUUCUUUUUACGUGCACACGCAAUGUACGGUGUGCUUAUGCAUAUAUAUAUUCACACGAGGAGGGGGAAAAUAGCGGGAAAGUUAUUGAAGAGUCGAGUGAAAUAAUUUGUUGACGUGUGCGAGGCGACGAGUUAACGUGAGGCGGUUGGUGUUUUUGGGUGUCAUGGACACCCACGCAUAAAGAAACACGCAACAGUAUAAAAUAACACGUUGAGGGAUUUCAUUUAUUUGGAGAAAUAAAACAUUCAAAUGUUGGGUGUUUCUGGGCCAGAAACAUCCCUCCAAUGUCUUUGUUUUUUCGUUCCGAUUAUGAGGAGACCGUGGUGAAGGUUUCAGGCACUGAACUUGCCUGCCAUUGUUACAUAACCUGUACUUCCUUCCCCCCCCCCCCCCCCCCCCCCCCCCCCCCCAUUCUUGCUGUUCAUAUUAGAGUUUAUGCUUCAUAGAGGACAUUGUUUUUUUUUAUACUGUACCAGGGUACAAUAAAUAAGACAUUGGUGAAAGCC